GUGCUGGCAUUUGAAUCUGACUCCACAUAUUUGUAUCAUUGGUCACUAAGGGACAGAAGCGCCAUCUAUUGAACGUACAUGGUCACACCUUAUAUUUACUCACGGGCAUGUUCAAUCUUGUGUACACUGUUAUAUCACGACUGAAAAACUAAACAAAAGUCUCCUGGGGAGACCACUGCAAACAUUUCUGCAUUGCUGCACAAUUUUCAAUCUUGGCUGCAGCUUAAAGAAGAUUCAGAAUAUAUUCUUUUUCAUUUUUGUAUUUAUUUUUACAUUUGCUUUCCAAGAACUCGCUUUAAAAGACUUGUCAGAAAUACAUGGCUUCACUUGUUAAGGACAUUGAAAAUAGAGAUGUGCCAGCCUUACACUGUGAAAUCUGGAAACUUGCCAAGGCGGGACGUGAAGCUCUAGGGAAAGAUAAUUACAUCUCAGCUCUCUCCUUAUUUAAGAAAGCCUAUCUUAUUUCCUGCAAGCUUCCUGAUGGCCCAGUCCAAAAAGCAUGUCUCUUCAACCUUGGUGGAGGCUAUAUUGCAGCAGGAAAGGCCAAGAAAGGACUGAAGUGUCUAACUAAGUGCAAGCAGAAAGCAGGCAAUGGUAAAGAUCCAGACCUUUAUUUUAACAUUGCCAUUGCCUAUGAGGGCAUGAAGGAGUAUGCCAAGGCUGUCCGCUUUUAUGGGAAGGCAUUAAGUCAAUAUAAAAAUGACCAGGCAGACAAUAUUGCUGAUACGUUCAUAAAAAUGGGCUACUGCUCCUUGAAUCUGGAGGAUUCAGCCUCUGCCUCUCUUUCCUUCCAAAUGGCUGGCCUAUCAUACCAGCAGGCUGGACGGCCGGAUGAUGCUGCUAUGGCGCUGAGAGAAUCUGCUAAUUACAUGAUCAGGAAUGGAAACUUCUCAGAAGUCAAUGUGCAUCAGAUACUGGAGAAGAGCCGGGAGAUCAGCAAAGGAAUUGUAGACUACAGAUUAAAAGGGAAGCUUCUCAAUGACCUAGGCCUUCAUUAUGCAGAGCUGAAGAAAUUUCCUGAAGCUAGCGAAUGCUUUGCUGAAGCCAUGAACAGUUGCUCUGGAAAAGGUUUUAGUAUCCGCAACAAAGCCGUUUUGCUCCAGAAUAUGGGUGCUAUAUAUAGCGCCAUGAGACAAUAUGAAGAGUCACUCAAUUACCACACCCAAGCUGCAGACACUUAUGGUGCUCUGGGAGACAGAAAGGCUCAGGGUGAGAGUCUUGGCAACUUGGCUUAUGCCUAUAGUCAACUCAAAAUGUAUAAGAAUGCAGAGUUUUAUUACCAGGAAGCACUGAAAGCCUUCACAGAUGCAGGUGAUGAGCACAGACAAUGGCAAAUGUAUGAAGCCUUAGGAGCUACUCACUUCAGCCUCCGUAACAGGGAUCAAAGUAUAUUCUGCUACAAGGAGGCACUUGCCAAAAUGGAAAAGACAAUGGACAAGUCAAGCAUAUGCAGAAAAAGGAUUACUUCUAAACUGAUGAAUGUUACUGAAUACCAGCUGGCACCCCAGCCAUUCAAUACACGAAAACAGAGCAGCUGAGCUUAUGUCUCAUUAAGAGAAUUAAGGCCAAUAAUAAGAAAAAAAAGGCCACAGUGAUGAACAUAAGCUGAGAACUGACAUCCCAGGAGGAGCACUGUGCUUCUCUAGACAUGGGAGUCCUAUGCAUGAAAUGGACUGUGAAGAACUUCUGGAACUACCUACUGUGUUGCAGCUUCACUCUAGUCACAGAGGUCUAUAUAAGUGUGACUUGAUAUAAGGGCUGUCAUGUUACUGACAUGGUUGUGUCUCUGCCUACACUAACUUGCUGCUCCAGGUCUCUUACACUGAGGGUGUCAUAGUGAGGUAUUUCAAUCUGGCUCCAAAUCUGCAAAAUUAAGAGUUUCCUUUGAAAUCAUAUAAUAUGUGUCAAACAGGUGGAGGAAAUAUUAUGUUAAAACUGAUUAAAAUUCAGUUGGAGUCUUGAAAGGUGCAUUUUGACUUGAAAAUAAGAGCUUGUACAGAAGAAGGUAGUGGAAACAGUUUUAAUUUAAUUUAAUUUUGAUUUGUAAUGUCCUUUCCCUAUACUUUUCACAAAUCUCUGUUAAACUGAAUGUGUAACAUAUUUUCGACUAGUGUUUACCAUGAAAGUGCUUUUUAAAUUAAAUGAUGUUUUUAAGGGUAUCUAUAAUAAAAAGUGAGCUGCAAUCCAUGUGUUAGCUGCAUUAUAAACAGCAGCUUUCAGAAAACAAGUAGCAGACAUACUGUAUACUUGAAAAAGAGGGACAUUAAAAGGUGUCAAAAUUAUCAGGGACUUCACAAUCCACUUUAAUAAAAGGACAAGUGUCUGUGUGUC